CUGUGUAGGCUACUACCAGAGAGCAGUAGGUUCUUCAACGUGCCUCGACGUCGUAAUAAACUUUUACUAAAGUAAUUCGCGUGGUUCUGCAGUGAUCGUUCAGAAGUUUCGCCAUGGCCAAAAAGAGUUUUUCCACCAAAAAAUCUUUGAGGAGUUUGUUUUCUAAAAGUGAAGCAAAUCUCAAAGAGUCCGUGGAGAAAGAUGACCGCGGCAAAGGAACGCUCAAAUUAUUUAAAUGGAAGACAAAGAAAUCGGACAGUUUACAGGAGAGCCUAAAGGCUGCAAGAACUGAGUCUGGGACGUUGGGAGCUGGCGACAGUGAAACUCAGGAUGAUGAGAGGGGGACUAAACGCAAGACAUCUCUCUUUGGCACUGUCCUCAGGUCAAAGAAAGAACAGCUGAGUUACUCAGAGAGUGACCUCCGUAAAUCCAAGGGCUUUGCUGUAUCCUUAUCCUGGAAGAAGAAGAAGAAAAGAGAUCCAUCCCAGGGACUUUCAAGCAAUAGUGGAGUCCCAGGGGUCAAGGAUCGCAUCAGUGAACAGGAAGAAUUUGACAUCCCGGUAGAAACAGAACAAAACCAGGUUGGUUUGAAGACAGCAGUACCUACACCAGAACCCUCCUGUACCUCUGACCAAUCCCAGUCCCAGAAUAUCCUGAGUGACAUGUCUAAGCCUGAUAAGGAGGAUGCAGGUUUUAUGCCUUCAAAUCUGGACAGUACAUCGAUACCAUAUAUUGACUCUUCACUGUCUGAUAGUGAUGCUUACCAGACACCCCCAGAUAGCCCAUCUGCAGAUAAAUCUGUUCAGUACUCCAACCCUGAGUCUAAAAUUACUGACUCCUUCAGUCCUGCUCCGAAUAUGGAAACUGCGGCAAGUACAGUCACAUGCUUAGUCCAUAAAUCAAACAUAGAUCUAAACCCGAGUGGUGUUUCUUUUAGGGAUGAUCAUCCUUUCUCUGAUUUUGAAACAUCUAAAUCAGGAAUUUCAACAGAUGUUGAGGUCAACACCUUUACCACAUAUGUUACUCCUAACAAAGACGAAAUGUUUUUUCAAAAAGAGUCACACCUGGAACGUAAAGAAUCAAAAGAUGUAACCUCUGCCAUCCUCUCUAUCCACAAGAGUUCCAGCUCUUCCAUGCCUGAGAGUUCCAUCUCUUCCAUUCCCCAAAGUUCCAUUUCUUCCACCCCCCAAAGUUUUGGCUCUUCCAUCCCCCAAAAUACCACCUCUGUCAUCCUUGAUGGUUUCACAUCAAACAAUACUGUGACCCAGAGUUCCAGCUUAAACUCAUAUUCUGCAGAUACCCUUCCAGAACAUUCCUCCAGUCUUCCACCUUACAUUAUACCCACUGAGGCAGAAGAUUCUCAAACCAGCACUGCAAAUAACAGAAACACGUCUGCCAGCAACGGUGAUGUAGUCAACACUGACCCCUUCAUUGCUGAUAUGGUUUCAUCUAUGCCAGAUGUGAUUGUAUCUAGCACUUUCUCCUCCUCCAAAACCACAGAUAACAGUUUGGAUGCUGAUACUGAUAAAAAGCCAAUUGUAUCUCUCUCCAAUACUGAUGUUUCUGAAAGUGAUUUAAGUUCAAUACCUCAGAGUUUACCCACAAUCACUGUACAUUCCACUUCAGAUUCAGUUUUACUGAAAGAAUCUCACCCUAAGAUUAAUUAUGAGACCAUUUCAAUGGAAUCGUAUGAAACAAACAAUGAUUUUUCCUUGACAAAUGCCAUUGGCUCAGUGAAACCUAGCCCUGCUGAACCUGUCCUUCUUGAGAAUGAGUCAAAUAUCUCUUUACCUCAGUCAGCUGUGUCAAGAACCUACACCAUCAUGAAGUCAACUGUCACCUUUGACCUUUCAGGUCCCUCAGACCCCACCAGCCCUGACCAUUCCCAGAGAGGUCUCUCUAACAAUAUGUCUUAUUCAGAUGUGGAAACCCUAACUGAAAUAUCAGAACAAGAGCAAAUAAGUCAGGAGAAUGAUCAAGCUAAAUCGACCAAUGCCUUCAUAAUUCAUCCUCCCCCUCACUUAGAUGUUUCAGACCAGCUGUUCAGCUCUCAAACCCCAAAGACAGAGGUAGACACACAACAGAAAACAUUCAAAGAGUAUGAAGAUCCUGAGGAAGAUGUUCAGGAGGCAUCUACUCAAGUAAGUCAUGAGUUGAUUGACCAGGUUGAAACCACAGCAGUUCUGACUACUGGAAAUAACAUUCAGAACAAAUGUAGACCAGAAGUGGGGGAAGGAAGUAGAUUAGAUGAUAUCUAUAAUGAAAAUCAUGACAUUACAUUUGUUCAAGACCCUGAAUCAGAGCAGAUCAUAGAAGGCCAGGCUGAAACCACAGCUGAGAGUAUGAACACUGAAAAUGACUUUCACAUAUCUGUAAAGAAGAAAUAUGGCCAAGAAGUUGAGGAACAAAGUGAAUUAGGUGACAUUUAUGAUGAGAAGUAUGUAGCUCCAUCGAAUCUAGAAAAAGACACCGGAUCAGAGCAAAUCAUGGAUGUUUUAUCACAAGAGCAAAUGAUACAUUACAAGGUUUCUGAAACAUAUGAGUUGGUUGAAGAGAAGAGAAAUGAAUUGAAAAUGGUCCAGAGCACAAGAGAAGCAUCUGCAACGCAAGGUGCAAUGGAAGCAGAGGUAUGCGGAGGCACCGAAGUGUUGACAGUUCAAGCAGAGCAGCAGAUUCACCAUCUUGCUCCACUGAAACCAGCCCUACCAGUCAAUCAAGAAUGUAGCCCUGAAGAAUGCACUUCGGCCCCUCCUUUCUCUGGGCCUGUGAAGGUAUCACUUGCAGAUUCAAGCAUGGAAACACACAGUCACCUGGAGAUUUGUCUCCACCCCUUGGCCCCACACCAGUUGAGCGGAGCGAUAACAAUACUGGAGGACACGGCUAGGUGCAAAUACCAAGCAAGCAUUGAUAACCACCACGCUGAGAGGGAGGAACACACCAGCGGUGAAGAGACUGAGGAUAUAGCCACAUUUCUCCCAAGCCACAAACAGGGAGAUGUGACAGUGACAAAGGUAAAGAAAGCCAGAGAUAAUAUCACUCACAGGAGCUGGGUAGAAAUCAGCGAAUGUACACCAGACAACAAAAGAGAAAAGGAAGAUACAGCAGAAGUUAACACUGUUCCUGAUCAGCUACUUUCAAGAAGUUUAAUAACAGGUGAAAGGUUCUUUCAUGCAUCCACUGUUCUCAGUACAGUGAUUGACGAGUCAGAAACAGUAAACCAAGUGGAAACUGAGACUGGAUCUGAUACAGACAUGAACUCUGGUGUUUCGGUGCUAAGUACAAAGCUCAGUCGACCAUCAUCUUCUCGAGAAGGCAGAGAGGAUACCAUGGUGGUCCGCAAAGUGUCCCUGGUCAGCAUUGACAAAGAGGGCAACUUUGGGAACCAUGAAAGGCCAUUGGACAGCAUCAGGCUAAGAGAUCAGUCAGAGCCAAGCAGAGCCAGUCCUGAGCUUGAGAGGAGGUGGAAAAGUCUCCAUUCCAACUCUGAAGAAAAGCAAUCCAGACUCACAGAGAGUUCAGACUACACAUUCACAGAUAGCACAUACCUGCAUUCCUCUCAACUGUCCCCCAGCUAUGAAAAAGGAGUCUACAUGUCUCAUUUUCACUCUCCCGAGACCCAGCAUACUAGUUACACUAGUGGGAGGAGCAGGGUGGAGCUUAGUUUACCUGUCGUGAGAGAGGGAGAGGGAGAGCAGGAGAUAAGAAAAACAGUCUUUGACUCACAGGCACAUUUCGAUUCCCGCUUGAUGAUCGUGGAGGCAGAUGACUACUCCUCUGAUGUUUUCCAAGCUACGCGGGUAGAGCUGAUUCCCUCACCCACUGGCCCUGAACCUGACACUCUUUCUUCCACAUCUUUCUCAGAAAUGGAUAACCUGGUAGACACUCUUAAGAGCAUGGAGCGACCGGCCCGGCAAAGGGUUCAACGCACCCCAUCCAACACUCCAACAAUCCAACACUUCUCUUCACUGCCACCUAUUGAAGAGGAUGCACCAAUCUCACCCCCUACUCCACUCUCUCUUCGUACUCCAGUCUCACUUAUUACUGAGCCAAAGUUGUUGAAUGGAGUUUCUAGCUUACCUCUAGACAUUGGCCUUAACUGGAGUUCCCCCAAGGACAUGCGUUCUCCUUUGACCAUGAUGAAGGAAAAGCAGCUCGGAGAGACCCCGAAUCGGGGGCUCUCCCUGCCUCUGCGAGCUUCGGCCCUCAACAGCAUGGUCAUGCGCAGGGGCUCACUCAACGAGCUGAGUCCCGAAGAGAGUUCUACAAAAGGACUCAUAAAUGGAGGCUCAUCUCGCCUGGAGAACAGCUUCUUCUUCCAGCCAACAGAGAACGACAAGGCCUCAAACCGCUCCAUCUUCCGUGCAGCAUCUCUCCCUGAGAUCAGCCCUAGUCAAGAGCGAAUAAGCUCAGCCACCAAGGGAUCUGACACCUUGCUCAGUUCCCGUUUCGAGCGCUUCUCAUACCUCACUUCUACAUCAAAUUCCCUUAGUGGGAUCACUGAAACUUCUCGAAUAAGCGUGACUCCAUCUGUCCAACAAAACUCGCAAGAUACCUCCAGUUUCGACCACAAGUCCACUAUGGAACUUUACCGCUCUCUGCCCUCCGAAACUCUCCUCAAGAACUCUCAACCUUUGGGUCUUCAGCGCAGCAGUAGUCUUGACGGAGGUCUUCUAAUGAAUGACACCAAGAGCUUCCAAGUUAAUCAAAAGCCAGAACCAGAGCGGAACAUACUCCUCAAAUACAGGGCCUUCCCUGAUGCAUAUCUCACAAAAGAAAAGGAUCAUGGAAAGCUCAAUCCUCGGCCUGGGAAGAUGUUAAUCUAUGACAAGCCUGGAAUGACCGGUGGGAGAAUUGAAGUGCGUAGUGAUGUUGUGGAUGCCACACCAUGGGAGUUUACAGACACUAUUUCAAUCAGAGUGAUCAGAGGAGGUUGGGUGUUGUAUGAGAAGCCAGAAUUCAAAGGGGAAAAGAUCGCUCUGGACGAGGGGGACAUCGAGCUGACAAAUCCAUUUGGACCACCUGAUGAAGAAGUGGUUGAUCGGCAGAAUGGAACAACGCAGGAUCAUGGGGAAGAGGACCAUGAGCCCAAGCCUCAGCUAAAGAGGAAGUUCUUCAUCGGAUCCAUACGGCGAGCAGUGAGAGAUUACAGCGUUCCUGAAAUCGGCCUUUUCCCUGAAGAAAAUGCAGAAGGCAAGAAGAUCACAUUCAGAGACACAUCAGAAGACUCCAGAAUUUUUGGCUUCCCAGUCAAAGCAAACUCCAUCAUCAUCAAUGCUGGACUAUGGUUGGUGUUUGCAGAGCCCUUCUUUCAGGGUGUCCCGCGAGUGCUUGAAGUCGGGGGAUUCCCCACCCCAGCCGCCUGGGGCGUCACACAUCCAUACGUGGGCUCCCUACAUCCGCUUAAAAUAGGGGAACCUAGAGUGGAGAACCUCUAUGAACCAAAAAUUGUGCUCUAUGAAAAGCCAUAUUUCACUGGCAAAAGCAGAGAAAUCUACACCAGCAUGAGAGAUUUCCUGUCAAGAGUGGACAAGCAACAAUCAUUGUUUAUGUUCAGUGCAGGAUCCGUUAAGGUUAUUGGAGGCUGCUGGGUGGGCUAUGAGAAGGAGGGUUUCCGGGGUCACCAGUAUCUUCUGGAGGAGGGAGAGUAUCAUGACUGGCGGGUGUGGGGAGGAGUAAACUCAGAGCUGCGCUCGGUCCGAGUCAUCCAAGCUGACCUGUCUGAGCCCCUGCUGGUGUUAUAUGGGAUGCCUGAAGAGGAGAAAGUGGAGAAUGAAGAGCCCACGUUUGAGGUGACAGAAGUUGUCCCAGAUGUGGAGCUGUUUGGGUUCGGCAUCAACACCUGCUCCAUCCACGUGCUGAGUGGAGCAUGGGUGGCCUACUCUCAUGUGGAUUUCUCAGGUAACCAGUAUGUCUUGGAAAAAGGCUUCUACAACAACUGUGGAGACUGGGGCUCUGAAGACAACCGCAUCUGCUCCAUACAGCCCAUCCUCACAGCACCUAGUGAAGGACCCAGCUUUAGAAAUGAGGUGCUGCUCUACUCAGAGCUGGAUUUCCAGGGCACAUGUAGGGUGUGUCAUCAGAACCAGGCCUGUUUGCCUGAAAGUCUCAGUAUCAAGUCCUGCAGGGUGGUGGGAGGAAGUUGGGUGCUAUAUGGAGGAGAGAAGUUCACAGGAAACAUGUAUGUUUUGUCAGAAGGAGAUUAUCCCAACCUGACUAGCAUGGACAUCCCAAAUGACUCCAGCAUUCGCUCUGUCAAAGCAGUUCCAAUGACCUUUUCAGUGCCGUCAAUCUCGCUCUUUGGACUGGAGUGCUUUGAAGGUCGGGAGGUCACUAUUGACACACAGAUUUACAACAUGUGGGAGGAAGGAUUUAAUACACAUUUCCUCUCUGUUAGGGUCAACAGUGGCUGUUGGGUGUUAUGUGAACAUAGUAACUACAGGGGGCGCCAGUUCCUUUUGGAGCCCAUUGAAAUCACAAACUGGAAUAAAUUCAGCUCUCUGUCCUGUAUCGGCUCCUUGUAUCCAGUCAGACAAAAACAAAGACUGUUCCGCAUCAAAAAUAAAGAGACAGGCCACUACAUAUCAGUGCAGGGUGGUGUUGAGGACAUGAAGACAGGCCGCGUGGUCGUCACAGAGCAGGUAGAGGGAAUGAGUGAUGUUUGGCUUUAUCAGGACGGGCUCAUCAAAAACAAGCUGGCUCGAACCACGAGUCUGCAGGUAAUGGGUAAUGUCGAGUCAGGUGCUAAGGUGGUGCUGUGGACUGAAACACGUGUGCCAGUGCAGACAUGGAGCUCUCAAGUCAGCGGCACAAUUUCCAGUGUCACCUUCCCUGGAAUGGUGCUGGAUAUCAAAGGGGGUAAGACAUACGACAAACAACAUUUAGUGAUUCGAGAAGAGAAUGAGGAACAUGCCAGUCAACAGUGGGAGCUGGAGUUUGUUUAAUCCCGCCACUCUCUUCUUCAUCUGACCCCCCUCUCCUUUUGACUCCACCCACUUCUCCUGCCCCAACAAUACAAGCACUAUCUGUGAACUGACAUAUGACACUAUGAGGGCACCAGUGAAUCAUCCUUACAUACAAUCGGAAGAUGUUGGGCGGGGAAAGUUUCUCCUGUCAGUAGAGACUGUAUAAUAGGUAAAACGAAUCAUAGGGUAAUGUAUUCCCAUUUAAAAAUGAGAGAGAAGCAGAGGUCAAAUAUCAUUCAGCAUACUAGUGUUCCUGAUUGUGAAAUGUAAAGCUCUCGCCUGUGAUGUGUCUUAUUUGCACAUAGUUUGAAUAAAACAUAUUACCUACAGGUCAUUUACACGCUGUUGAUGGUGCUGGUGGUUAAGUCACUUAAAAACUUUUUUUUUCUGUUUCCCUAUUCAUCACAUGAGAAUGUCAUCAUCAUAUAUGAAUCUGGCAACUUUCCAAGCAUUCUUUAAUUUCUGCUCAUUUUAUUUGUUUACAAGCGAAUGUUAUUUUGUCUAAUCAUUUAUUUGACAUAUUGGCUAUAUUCUGGUAUGUAUACUUUAAUAUCAAUGUCUGCGAUUAGUUUAUAGUCAUUGCAAAUGCUUCCGGAGUGAAUUCUGGCAGAUUUCCGUCUGUCCUGUUGUUUUUAUACCAAAAAGUGUGCUGAUGUCAGUCAAUAUAAAGUCGCCAUGUUUUUGGAAAACUUUAUUAUGUAUAAAUGUUAUUUUCAAAGUACGAUGUGAAAUAUUAUGUAACAGGGAGGGGUUUUAAUUUUGUAAUAAAAC